AUGAAUGGAUACAACGCAAAUGAGUUGCACCACAAGUCAGAUGGUCGCGACCAUUCAAUUGAACGCAAUGAGGUGUUGUUGGAGUCAAACGAAAUAAAACAAGAACUGACCAUCAAAGAAGAACCUGAAAGGGAGGAUGACAUCACUUUACACACGAUACCAAGAAAUUUUGUUAUCAAAUCGAACAUCAAUUUGCCUAGCACCGUAUUUACGACUGAGACAGAUGACUCGGAUCAAUUGAUGCAAUUAAAGUUUGAGGUUAAAGCGGAAAAAAUGGAUAAAGAUUCUUAUGCCAAGUCGAAGAAUCAAAACGAUGCUGUGAAUUCUUCUUCACGUCGAUCAAAUAAAAACUCAAAGUUGACAGGUGCCAACGCAAAGAAGAAAACGUCCAAAAAGGGAAAUGUGUCUCGAAAGAGGAAAGCAACAACGUCGAGUGCAACACGAAAACAACACAAAUGUUUAUCAUGCGAAUACACUACACCAUAUACGACCUGUUUGAGAAAGAACAUGCUACGACACACGGGUGAAAAGCCAUAUCCAUGCAAGCGAUGUUCAAAACGAUUCACAGAGAAAUCAGAUCUUAAGCGGCACAUGAGAACACACUUGGUUGAAUUUCACUUCAGUUGUGCAAAUUGUUUGGAAGGAUUUGAUAAAAACAUUGACAAGUUGAUACACGAGUUUGAUUGCAACAUUCGUCGCUACGAGUGUCAUCACUGCAAACAAUUCUCCACUUUUUAUAAGUCAAAUUUGAAGAGGCACAUUCGUAUGCACACAGGUGAAAAACCAUUCAAGUGUGGUCAAUGUUCAAAGAAAUUCAAGCAACGAUGGAACUUAAUUCGUCACACAAAAACUCACACCAAUCCACGUUCAUUGAAGAUCAAGUGUUCGGAUUGUUAUCAAACCUUUUCGACACAGGCUCUUAAAGAAAUACAUAAACAAAAGUGCCAGCGCAGAGGCUAUGAAUGUUAUCUCUGCAAAGAAUUUACCAGCAACAAGAAACACAAUUUGAAGUACCACAUGUGA